CGUCACACUCAUACGCGUGUGAUUGAGUUUUGCCUCGAUAUUCCCAUAUUUACGGUCAAGUCUUUGUGUUGUUACAAGGUUGAAACUUCAAUAACAUUAUGGUUCUAUUAGGUGAAACAUUCCCGGACUUUACGGCAGAUACGCAAAUAGGCACGAUCAAGUUCCACGAAUGGUUGGGCGACUCGUGGGCUAUCUUGUUUUCCCAUCCUAAUGACUUCACACCAGUGUGCACAACUGAAUUAGCACGUGUUGCAAAAUUGAUGCCUGAAUUUAAGAGAUUGGGAGUGAAGGUCAUCGCACUAUCUUGCAAUUCUAUUGAUUCCCAUCACAAAUGGAUAGAAGAUAUAAGAAGUUACGGUGAUUUAAUGGACAAAGAAUUUCCAUAUCCAAUAAUAGAAGAUCAAAGCAGGAAACUGGCUACGUUAUUUGGAAUGUUGGAUCCUAUGGAGGUGGACGGCCAGGGAUUACCCAUGUCAGCACGUGCGGUGUUUAUAAUCGAUCCAGCUAAAAAGAUGCGACUAUCAAUUUUGUACCCAGCUACGACUGGUCGCAAUUUUGAUGAAAUAAUAAGAGUAAUUGAGUCGCUCCAGCUUACAGAAAAGUACAAAGUAGCAACUCCCGUGGAUUGGAAGAAAGGAGAUGAUGUAAUGAUACAGCCGACCAUAUCGGACGCCGAAGCUAAAGCUUGCUACAACAGUAUAAAAACUGUGAUGUUGCCUUCCGGCAAGACGUACCUGCGAAUUGUGCCACAGCCUAUCGACGCAUAAGAUUCUUAUGUAGUCUUCAAAGUGACUUCGAACGACGAAGUCUCUGGUACAUAAAACUCGAACUGUAUUUAAUUCCUCUUUCUUUACUCAGGUUGACCAGAAAAGAAUUAAAUGUCUUAUCCUUGGUAUUUGCAAACAACAAAAGAAGCUGUUUAUUGUUUCACCUAAUGUAUAAUUAAAAGUACAUUGCGUUAUAUACAUUUUAUUUUCCAAGUACAUUGUUGCUUAAUGUUUCUAA